AAUCUACACAAUACCACGUGUAACCACAUCUUCCACAUCUAAACCAUUGUUUUGUUAUGAACUUAGAGAAAUGUGCCAUUCACAUAGUUAGUCGCAAUCUGUUAUUUAUUCUUCAUCAUCUCCAUAAACGCUCUGUAAAAUCUAUCACACACCAACUUCCCAUCCUCCAAUUCUCAAUCACACUUCAUUCAAGGAGAUUCCAUGUCUUUAUCCGCUACUUUCCCAGCUCCAAUCUAUGUCUGCUCGAAAACCUCAACACGUUUCUGCUAUUCCUUUGCUUCAUGGCCUUCCAUGGCCGCUAACUUGAUUCCUUCACUCAAAUCCUCGCUUGCAGCUUCCAAAUCGCCUUUUCUGCGCCAUAAUUUGACUAUGCAGUCCUCAAUUUCUCGUGGGGUGUUUUCGAAAGCUCGAUUUUCUGGUGUUUCUGCUAGAGCUGCUACGGAGAAGAGUAUUUACGAUUUCACUGUUAAGGAUAUUGAUGGCAAAGGUGUUUCACUGAACAAGUUCAAAGGGAAGGUUCUUCUGAUAGUAAACGUUGCAUCUAGAUGUGGCUUGACUACUGCAAACUACUCAGAACUGUCACACUUGUAUGAGAAAUACAAAGCUCAAGGGCUAGAGGUUUUGGCUUUUCCUUGCAACCAAUUUGGGGGCCAAGAACCUGGGUCCAAUCCAGAAAUCAAGCAGUUUGCCUGCUCAAGGUUCAAGGCCGAGUUCCCAAUUUUUGACAAGGUUGAUGUCAAUGGUCCAAAUACUGCCCCAGUAUAUCAGUUUCUUAAAUCAAGUGCUGGAGGGUUUUUAGGUGAUCUUAUCAAAUGGAACUUUGAGAAAUUUUUGGUGGACAAAAAUGGUAAAGUUGUUGAGAGAUACCCACCAACAACAUCGCCUUUUCAAAUUGAGAAGGAUAUCCAAAAGCUUGUUGCUGCCUAAAACGUGGAGCUGAUGGGGAAAAAUUUGUAGCAGUUAAAUAUUAGAGGUAGAAAAAGAAAAGAAAAGAAAAGAAAAUGAACAGAAGAUGUACAUACGUUUACCGUCAUAGAGGCUUGUCCAAAUUGUAUUGGUACGGUGUAUGAGUGAAACUUGUAUUUACUUCAUCUCUUUUCAUGUUUUUAUAACAAUAUCAUAAUAGUAUUGGUAUAUGACGCAAUUUGAGAAUUACUUGUUAUU